AAUAAUUCGUCCAAUUGAGCGAAUGUGAUGCAGAAAAGUCGUUAUUGUUUGAGUGGCGGUUGAUUGUACUCGUGUGGAUUGCUAGAAGUGUAAUCUCAUUUUAUGAUAAAGUUAUAAAGUGCGUUGGAAUUAUGGUGAAAAUAGAGAAGCGGCCCGUCGCUACGGGUUUUAAAGGCUCUGGUGGUGGUAUAGUGCCGUCUAAAUGCGGUUCUACACAAAACAUGGCUGCGAACAUCAAAGUUGUAGUGAGAGUACGUCCUUUGAACGAAAAAGAGUUGGAUCUCAACAGUCGCGUUGUUGUUGAUGUCGUAGAUGACAAAAUGUUAGUGUUUGACCCUAAGGAAGAGAUCAGGCCAUUCUUCUAUCAGGGUGUACAGCAACCGAACAAAAACUUUUUAAAACGGGCCAAUAAAGAGUUGAAGUUUGUCUUUGAUAAUGUUUGUGGUCAAGAAGCAUCGAAUAAGGACGUUUUUGAAACUACAACGAAAGAUAUGCUUGCGGCUCUGAUGGAAGGCUACAAUUGUUCAGUAUUUGUGUAUGGCGCUACUGGUGCAGGGAAGACAUUCACUAUGAUCGGCAGUAAUGAGCACCCUGGCAUAACUUACCUGACCAUGGAACAUCUGUUCUAUACUAUUAAUCAGUUUGAAAAGGAGAGGGAAUUCGAUAUAGGAGUCUCUUAUAUUGAAGUAUACAAUGAAAAUGUAUAUGAUCUCCUUAAACCUUCAAAAACUCCUUUGCAACUUCGAGAGGACUCAAAGUAUGGAGUUAUGGUUGCCGGUCUGACACUUAACAAUAUUAAAACAGCUAGGGAACUCCUUAACAUGCUUGAAAAUGGAAACAAGAACAGGACCCAGCAUCCUACAGAUGCAAACGCUGAGAGUUCAAGAAGUCAUGCUGUUUUUCAGGUAUAUGUAAAAAUGAGAUACAAAACUAGCAGUCAACUACGUCUUGUUAAGCUAUCAAUGAUUGAUUUGGCUGGAAGUGAGCGAGCUUCUGCUACAGGUUGCGUGGGAGAGAGGUUCAAAGAAGGUGCCAAUAUCAACAAGAGUUUGCUAUCGUUAGGCAAUUGUAUUAAUAAACUAGCUGAUGGAAGCAACUAUAUUCCGUACAGAGACUCAAAAUUAACUCGGUUGCUAAAGGACAGCCUAGGUGGUAACUGUAAAACGGUGAUGAUAGCAAAUGUAUCUCCGUCAAGUGUCAGUUACGAAGAUUCAUACAAUACUCUCAAGUAUGCAGCUAGAGCUAAUAAGAUUCAGCUCAGUAUUAAGAAGAACAUUGUUGACGGUGACAUGCGCUUGUCACAAUAUGUGAAGAUUAAUGAAGAAUUGAAAAAGAAAGUAAAAGAGUUGGAAGCCAAGUUGUCUUUGUCUAGCGUUAAGAAUGUGUCAAAAGAACCUGACAUAGUGAAGGAGAAAGCGAUAAAAGAAUGGCGGCGUCGUAUCAUUGACUGCGAUUCUGUUCAUGCUUCAUUGGAGACCGAAUUAUUGAACUUGAUGUCGAGACAACGCGUGCUGGCCUUGCGACAGCGUUUACGGACCAGAGCAUUCUCGCAUGUCGCCGAUUUAGCGCAUCGAUCCUCCUACGAGGCAAUGGAACAGGUUUGCAAUGAAGAUAUACCGAGGCAAGAAAGAGCAGCUGAAAGCUACAUAAAACAAACGGUGCAUUUAGAUUCUCAGAUAAUGUCGACUUGGACUAAAUGGGAUGACAGUCGCAAGAGACUACAUGUAGUUUGCAAUCAAGCUGUAUCUGACUUCACUGAAUUAGCCGAUUUCGUAGAAAACAUACAUUUAAAGAGUGAACUUAGACAUAUAAAGGCUAGAGAUAACCUCAGAUACAAAUUAUUGUCCAUUGAAAAUGAAGAAAUCAAUGCCUUCACUGAAUAUAUGAGCGAAAUGCCAAGCAUGCUUAAGAAAUUAUAUCUAACAUUAAAAGGCUAUGACAAAGCACCCCCGGCUUUGACUGCUGAAUAUAUAGAAAUAAUGAAAAAAGCGAAAUUAGCUAAGGCCAUCACAUGGUCUGACAAAGACAGUGAAAUCGAUUCUAAUUUCAAAUUCAUAUCGAGCCUAGAUAUACAGAAGCCAACAACCGCCAUAGACUAUGACAAGAAGGAUGAAGGCAACAUGACCAUAGACAUAAUGACAGACAGUGAUGAUUUGACCGACAUUGAAAACAGAGAGCCGAUUAAAGUUCUUAAACGUAAAGGGACGCCAAUUAAACUGCCAAAUAAUGAAACCAUAUUAAUUAAUGACUCCUUUGAAAGUUUGGAUGCGACCAGAAAUCUUAACUCAGCCAAGAAAAUCAAAAGGGAGAAAGAAUUUGACAUUGCUCCUGAUAUUGAAAACUACAACGUAGUAGAUCCUAACGAUUUGAAUUCUACCUUUGUGUUGGCGGGUAAAAUGGACGCAUUGAGGAAACCAAUCAAGACCGAAUCAAAAGUGGAAAUACAACCAGUCAAGAGAGGACUCGUGGAUAGGACCAAUACUAUACAAAGGACAAUUAACUUCGGUGAUAAGGCUAAGCUAGUGAAACCCGUAGUGGGUAAAGCGAUGCCGUUCCGGCGGCCCGGCCCGCAGCCCGGCGCGCCGCGGGGGCCCGGCUUCGGGUCCAGCCUGUCCCGCGACGGAACUCCGCUGCAGAGGAACGUGCAAGACGCGUCUCGUACAAAGACGAAUGUCACUCAAAAGUCAGUUGGUUUCAAAGCCGUCCGCGCGAGGGAGCGCGUGCAGAACCACCCCUACUCCAGGCCGCCCGCCCUCGCCGCCAGGAAGUGAACGGAGCACCACGGUAUAAUGAAGACGUUGUACUGUGUAUGUGUUGUAUGUUAAUUGUGUAAUUACUAAACUGCCUUCACACGUUGAG